CUGCAGCCCGUAUGACAUUAAGGAACUGUUCUGUACAGCACUCGGUGUGCCAAGAAACACUAAUCUUUCCUUGCUGGAUGCCUCUGGAGCCAUGGUGUCCAUCGACCCCACCAUGCCACACAACACAGAGAGGUUGAACAUCUUCAGCUGCCGCAGGAAGUACAUCCCCUGUUGAGCUUUUUUGGUGAGAGAGAUGAAGUUCAGCUCCCACUUGAGGUCCUGGGAGAUGAUGGUGCCCAGGACUUGUCUACUUCUCCUCAAAAUUUAAAGAAAUUGUUGACCACAAAAGAAGGGUCUAUGUAUGUCUUGUUUUGAUUAUUUGUUUCUUUUUUUUGCAAAUAUAAGCUUAUAUAAUCUACUUUAAACUCAGUUACGCACCUCAGUAUAUUAAUCACUUUUCUGUUCCCUUUCAAUCUAUUGGAUCUGGGCUAUAUGUCUAAACAACCCACUCCCAUCCGGUGACAACUUCACCUCUUCCACCCUGACAACUACACUUAAUAAAUUGACUAAAAAAGCCUCACACCCCCACACCUCAAGGAUGUGUUGAAUUAACACAUUAUAUUGCAUUACAUUGCAUAUUGCCAUUUGACACUCUACUGUUUGCAUUUUGCAUUUCACUCUUUACUGUACUUUUUAUAUCUUUUAUCUUUAUAUUUUUUAUUUUAUAUAUUGUUUUUUAUUGUUAUACUUAUUGUGUUUUUAUGUUCAUUGUAUGUACCAAUAACCGAGGCAAAUUCCAGGUCACCGUACCAAGUUUUGCCUAUGACUGGAGGACAGUUUGCCGAUAAAGAGGAACUCUUUCAGAAUGUACUGACGCAAGUAGCUGAACAGUUUUCAAGGGCGUUCAAGAUUAAUGAGCUGAAAACUGAGGUCACCAACCGUCUUGCCAUGUUGGAGAAGAGAGUAGAAUUGGAGGGCAUGAAGGUGGUGGAGAUUGAGAAAUGUCGCAACGACAUCAAGAAACUCCGUGAAGAGAUGGCAUCAAGACACAACAGUAACUUCCUGGAAGACAAUAAGAAGCUGACACCUCGUAGAGAUGUGCCCUCCUAUCCCAAGUACAUGCUGUCACAACAGACCAUAGACGCCCUCAAAAAACCCUACUUUGACGUCUGGCUGUGGGAGGCCAAUGAGGAGACAGUAGAAGCUCUUAGAUUUCCUACAUUUGAUGCUUGGCAGUGGGAGCCUAAAGAGAUGCUGAGCUGUCUGGAACAUAUGUACCAUGACCUUGGCUUGGUUAAAGACUUCAAUAUUAACCCCAUCACACUCAAGAGAUGGCUGUUAUGCAUUCAUGACAACUAUAGGAAUAACGCCUUCCACAAUUUCCGCCACUGCUUCUGUGUCACCCAGAUGAUGUACAGCAUGAUCUGCCUCUGCAGCUUGCAGGAGAAGUUCACACAGGUGGAUAUUUUGAUUCUCAUGACAGCUGCUGUGUGUCAUGACCUCGAUCACCCCGGAUUCAACAACACGUACCAGGUCAAUGCGAGAACAGAGUUAGCAGUUCGCUACAAUGACAUCUCCCCUCUGGAAAAUCACCACUGUGCUGUAGCUUUCCAGAUCUUCGUUCAGUCUGAUUGCAACAUCUUUUCCAACUUCGACUCAGAGGCGUUCAAACAGAUACGACAGGGAACAAUCACACUGAUCCUGGCCACAGACAUGGCACGUCAUGGUGAGAUCCUUGAUUCAUUCAAGCAGAAAGUCGACAACUUUGACUACUCAGAUGAGGAGCAUGUCACCUGUCUGAAGAUGGUGCUUAUCAAAUGCUGCGACAUUUCCAAUGAAGUGCGGCCCAUGGAGGUGGCUGAGCCAUGGGUUGACUGCCUGUUGGAGGAGUACUUCAUGCAGAGUGACAGGGAGAAGGCUGAAGGGCUUCCUGUUGCUCCAUUCAUGGACAGAGAAAAGGUCACCAAACCAACAGCUCAGAUUGGAUUCAUCAAGUUUGUCCUCCUCCCAAUGUUUGAGACUGUUAUGAAGCUAUUUCCACAGAUCGAGGAGGCAAUGGUGCAGCCACUCAGAGAGUCUCGGGACCGAUAUGAAGAACUCAAACAGAUUGAUGAUGCCAUGAAUGAGGUGCAGAAAAAAAAAAGUGAGAACUUGACCAUGGGAGGGAAGAAGAUGUAAACAUUUUUGAGAGGGUUGGAAAGAACUCUUGCCAUACUUCCUCCAUCCAUCCAUCAAUCGAACUAAGCAUACAUCUGUCUUGGGCCAUAGAUGGAUGCAUAGUUGGAUUCACCUACCCAGCCUACUAUCUCCCUACAUCCCACCUAUCCAUCAAUCCACUUCACUUUCACAUUUGUACAGCACAGACUAUUUAAGUGAAACAUAUUUAGAUAUGUAAUUAUUUAAAUGACUUGUUUUGUAAAGAUUUUGAAGGUUAUUUGUUCUUUGCUACAAAAGUAAAGGUAUUACUUUAAUUACAAA